CCCUGUUCUUGACGCUGAAGCAGCGAGAGCGGAGUCCACAGGAGCGCGCGCUGGAUCAUCGUACAGGUUGGUCAGGAGUUAUCAGAGCUGCAGUGCUGAGGGAAACGCAAUGCUGGCGCGAGGGCUCGUGAGCGGCCGCGCUGGGCUCCGGGGCCGGCUUUCGGCUGGAUUCCUUCAGACUGCUGUAGCUGCUGGGAGAACAGGACAGCAGGAGAGACACGGGACAACCGAGGCGGCUCUGAAGCGAACCCCUCUCUAUGAAUUCCACAGAGCUCAUGGGGGUAAAAUGGUGGAAUUUGCGGGAUGGAGCAUGCCUGUGCAGUACACAGACAGCCACAUCAACUCACACCUCCACACACGCCAACACUGCUCCAUCUUCGAUGUCAGCCACAUGCUACAGACCAAAGUCCAUGGGAAAGAUCGAGUAAAGUUCAUGGAGUCCAUGAUUGUUGGAGACAUUGCAGAGCUGAAGGACAACCAGGGCACACUGUCUCUCUUCACCAACGAUAAAGGGGGCAUCACAGAUGACCUGAUAGUGACUAAGACAGAUCAGGGUUAUCUGUAUGUGGUGUCCAAUGCUGGCUGUGCAGACAAAGACUCUGCUCAUAUGGAGGCCAAACUGCAGGAGUUUAAAGCUGCAGGUCAUGCUGUCGAUUUGGAGUAUUUGGAAGAGAGUUUGAUUGCUAUACAGGGUCCUUCAACAGCACGGGUGCUGCAGGAGGGUGUGUGUGACAACCUCAGCAAGCUGACUUUUAUGACCAGUGUUUUGACCCCAGUGUUUGGCAUCCAGGGCUGUAGGGUCACUCGCUGUGGAUACACUGGGGAGGAUGGGGUUGAGAUAUCAGUUCCAUGUGGGAGUGUGGUAGAGUUGAUGGAGAAACUACUGGUCAAUAGUGAGGUGAAACUGGCUGGCCUUGGUGCAAGAGACAGCCUUAGACUGGAAGCAGGACUCUGUCUCUACGGCAAUGACAUUGACGAGACUACGACACCCGUGGAAGCCAGUCUCGUAUGGACAAUAGGUAAGCGUCGUCGGCAGGCGAGGGAUUUCCCUGGAGCUGAGGUCAUCGUUCCACAGAUCAAAGCGAAGACUCAGAGGAAAAGAGUGGGACUUAUGUCCAGCGGCCCACCAGUGCGACAACACACCCCCAUCCUCAGUCCCGAUGGCAAAGUUAUAGGUGAGGUCACCAGUGGAUGCCCUUCUCCCUGCCUAAAGCAAAAUGUUGCCAUGGGUUAUGUGGAGACAAGCUUCAGUAAAAUAGGAACGCCUGUUCAGGUAGAGGUGAGGAAGAAGACGGUACCAGCAGUGAUCAGCAAGAUGCCAUUUGUCCCUACAAGCUAUUACACUGGACAGUAAAUUAACAAUGGACUGAUCAAAUCAUUUAUUUUCAAAAGAAAUGAUUUUGAAAAUAAAGGUCUGUCAGGGAAACGUUUCUGACAGUUUGUAGCACUUGCUUUGACUGCCGUUAGAUUAUUAAUUUACUAAUGGAGAGUGAGAUUCAGCAAAUGUGUCGGACAGAUGUCUUUUCUAUAUUUUUAUUUUAAAUUCAAAUACAGUGUUGCCUAUUUGUGUCAAUAUGUGGAAGGCUUGGAGUCUGGAGUAUGUCACAUUUAUAUUCCAAAGCAAACACCCUCACGUGUACUUUUAUACUGUGCUUAGGAAUUGUGUUUUCAUACUGUAAUCAACUAGAGAUCAACUUCCAGCUUAUUUUUUUUUACUGUUUGCUGAAUAAUACUGACCAACAUGUAGGCUACUAAAGUUACUAGCAAGAAUAUGAAUACAUUUAGUCUCCUGUAGCUAUGCGCCUUUAUUUGUGUACUUGUAACACAUGUCUGCAUUAAUUAGUGGUAAUUAUUAUUGAUUAUAAUUUUAACCCUGCCAAGUCUCUCCUGCUACAGGCAAGUUGUACUUCAGAGUAUUAGUUUUGGUUUGCAUUUUGUUCAUUUCUGAUGUUUGAUGUUCAUUUUCUUUGAAUCCUUUGUUAUUCUAAACUGUGAAACCAAACAAGGAGGCCAAAAUUCCAAUGAAAAA